CCUUAACAUUGAACGGCCAGAGCUGAGAGCCCACAGAGUAAUGGAAUCACCUUGCAAAUAUUUUUAUGGGCUACCAACUGUACAGACUUGUUAAAAUUGUCUCUCGAUGCAUUAAAAAUUAUACUGUAUUACAGAAAGACCGUUUAAAUAAUUUCGAAUGCGAGUCAACUUUUUAAAAAAAAAGAGAGAGAGAGAAACUAUUCGGCUACAUGACACUUCAUCCUUUAUAUACAGCUAGCAGGGGUAAAGUGAAGGUCUCAUCACUACAAGCUGAAAACACUAUCCUCUGAAAAAUUAUCUUUUUCAGAUACGUUCUUGUUUAUCCAAGAAAGAGAGAUGGCAGAUGCAGUGGUGGACUUUCUGGUGGAGAACCUGUUGCAGCUAUUAAGUGAAAAUGUGGAGCUGAUUGCAGGUGUUGAGGGAGACUUUAAAAAUCUGCUGGAAGAAGUUCAACGCCUAAAAGCCUUCCUUGACGAUGCUGCAAAAUACCACAGUGACGGAACUCAGUGGAAACUACUGGGGGAGGAGAUUCAGAAAACGGUGCAUAGAGCUGAGAAUGCCAUUGAUAAGUUCCUUGUUCAGGCGAAGCUUCACCAAGAGAAAAGUAAAAUGGGAAGGUUGCUGGACGUGGCCCAUCUGGCUACAGUCAGGAAUCUUGCAGCUGAGAUCAAAGGCAUCCAUGAGCAAGUGAAGGAACUUCGCGAAAACAAUCAACAAGCUUUUCAGCCCAAAGCAUUUAAUGAACUGCCUAAAAUAGGCGCCUCGGAAGCGACGCCGGGUCCUUUAUGGGAGGAUGAUGGAGUGGUCGGCUUUGAUGAGGAAGCGAACAAACUGAUCAAGCGACUUGUUAAAGAAUCAAAGGAUCUAGAUAUUAUUCCAGUGGUGGGUAUGCCGGGACUUGGAAAAACCACACUUGCAAGAAAAAUCUACAAUGAUUAUCAGCUUUCAUAUGAAUUUUUCAGCAUCCUUUGAGUUUAUGUCGGCCAGGAUUACAAAAUAAAGAAUAUUUAUCUUAAUAUUCUCAGAUUCUUCACGAAACGGAUCGAAGAAUAUCAAAAUGAGGAUGUGGACGAAUUAGCUAAUGUAAUAUCUGGUUUUACAAGUAAAGGAGGUAGAUGUCUCAUUUUUUUAGAUGAUGUGUGGGAAACAGCAGUCAUUGAUGUUGUAACGAAAGUUUUUCCAGAAAACGGAAAGGGGCAUCGAGUCAUGAUGACGACGCGUGGCAAUUGUCUGGCUAGCUAUGCGAAUCCAAAUCCUCAUAGUCUGAAAUUUUUGACUUCAGACGAAAGUUUUGAAUUGUUGGUAGCGAGAGUUUUUGGCAAGGGAAUUUGUCCUAAUGAGUUAGUAGGACUUGGAAAAAGCAUUGCACGAAAAUGUGAGGGUGUACCAUUUGCAGUAGUGGUAAUUGCAGGAGCAUUAAGAUCGGUCAUCCGAACACAAGUGAUUGGAUAAGAGUUGAGAAAAAUAUGGUUCAGCAUCUUUAUAUGAAUAGAGAAGAAAGCUGCUAUAAAUGUGUGGAGAUGAGUUAUGAUCGUUUGCCCCACGAAGUAGAGACGUGCUUCUUAUACUGUGGUGUCUUUCCUCGAGGAUUUGAUAUUCCUUCUUGGAAAGUGAUCUGCUUAUGGAUAGCGGAGGGGUUAAUAAAGCACCAGGACACAUAUACUCUUGAGGAGAUAGCGGAGUUUUAUUUGAACGAUCUUAUUAGUAGAAAUUUACUGAUAUUGCAACAGAGGAGGUUUGAUGGUCAAAUUAAAACAUGUCGUCUUCACGACAUGUUGCAUCAUUUCUGCAGAACAGAGGCUGGUAACAAAUGGCUUUUCCAGGAAAUACGUCUAACAUCCGAUCAAGUUAUUCCUUCCAUACAAGACCAAGAUACUCAUCGUCGAUUGUGCAUUCAACCCUCUAUUCUGAAUGACUUCCUCUCCAAAAGACCUUUUGCAGAACAUGUGAGAUCAUUCUAUUGUUUUUCCUCAAAACAAUCAAAAAAGAUCGAGUUGUCUCCUAACAUCCUAGUCAUCCCCAAAGCUUUUCCCCUAAUUAGGGUCAUGGACAUUGAAUCCCUCGAAUUUAGUUUCUCUAGGAAUUUUAGCCAUCUAAUUCAUUUGCGGUAUAUUGCUAUCUCUGGUGAUUUCAGAGAUCUUCCUGAACCCUUUGGUAUAUUCUGGAAUUUACAAACUCUUAUACUUAAUACAAGUACCUUAGAGCCCACCCUUGAGGUAAAAGCAGAUAUAUGGAACAUGUUACAGUUGAGGCAUCUCCAUAUCAACAUACCUGCAAUUUUGCCACCUCCUCUCCCAUCAGGAAAAGCUUUUUGCCUACAAACUCUUUCUGUGGUUACACCAGAAAGUUGCAAGAAAGAUGUGCUUGCAAAGGCUUGUCAAAUCAGAAAAUUGAGCAUUCGAGGGAAAAUGGCGGGUUUUCUUGAAACUAAGGGUGAAAUCAACAAUCUUCAAGAGCUAAAGUGCCUGGAACAUCUGAAACUGUUGAAUGAUGUUCUUUACAUGAAUGACGUGCUUCAUCUCCCUCCAACAUUCUCCCAACUUGUACGUACAUUGAGGAAGUUAACUUUGGCAAACACAAGAUUUGCUUGGAGAGAGGCGGAUAGAUUGGGCCAAUUGGAAUCCCUUAAGGUUUUAAAGUUGAAAGAAAAUGCAUUCACCGGUUAUUCCUGGAAGCCAAAGAAUGGAUUUAGUGCACUCCAGGUCUUGUGGAUUGAAAGGGCAGAAUUUAAAACUUGGGAGGCUUCGGAGCUUAACUUCCCCGUGCUUAGGAACCUUGUUCUUAUCUCCUGUGAUAAGCUCGAAGCUGUGCCGCUUGAGCUUGCUAAUAUACCUAACCUUCAUGAGAUGCGGCUGGAGAACACAAGCAACGCGGUCAAAUCUGCAAAAGAUAUACUGGAAAGCAAGAUAGCUAAAGGCAUCAAAUUCAACCUUACCAUAUUCCCUCCUGAAGCUGGAUCCAAGGCCACACAGUAAAGAAUAGAAUCGUGACAUUGAGCUUGUUGGGAGCCUGGGGCAAUGGAUACGGUGUCACCACAUUUCAUGUUUUAUGCAGUCAAAGUCAUAUGAUAAGAUUGUUCCAGUAAAGAAAACUUGCUACCUUUUGUUUAUUCAAGCAUUGUGAUUUUUGAUUUUAGUCUCAGUGUGGUUUUGGAGAUAUGUUAAAUAAAUGCACUCCGCUCUCAGCCUGAAACAAACACCUUUCCUGGGUCUGUUGCAUUUCGAGUUCCUAAUCAUGUGGAGGGUUUUCUUUUUGAGUUGUAAAAGUACUGUUUGCAUCUUUCCCAUUCUGCUUUGGUUGUAUUUGCUUUGUUUCCUAUUCUUGUAAGACUGUUGCUUUCAGCUAUCGUUGUUUUGUUGAGACA